AUGCCUCACCUUGCUCAGUUGUUCUUCUUCCUCGCUUUGAUGUCCAUGUUAUAUGGUACGGGCUUUGCGGCUCCCGUGGCCAGCGGUGUUCCCCGCGAAGACACGGCAGAUGACUUGCAUGUUGAAGAGGUCAAGUGGCUCCAGCAACAGGAUCGCUAA